UUGUAUUUGGUUUGGUGAAAAAUAGCACGUAUGGAAUGGACGGGACGGGGCCGGAGCGAGAGCACCAACAAAAAUUUCAGCUUACUUCACUCCCGACUGCUUUUUCCAUCCUAUCUUUCUCAUAAACCCUAACCAAAUUUUUUCCCAAAUUCUUUUUCUCCGCCCAUUAUCACAACCCCUCGUUUUUGUUUUUUGUUUUUUUUUUGUUUCUGUUUUUAAUUCAUGUCCUUGCGAAUUCUGCACGAUUCUCUCCUGCUCUUCGCCUGCCCAGUUUAAAUAAGAUAUGCAUAUGGAGAAUUUAUCAUCUAGUGAUCCGUUGCAUCAUGCAACAUACGAAAAUAGUGAUUCGAAGCACUCGCAGGACGGGCUGGAGGAUGGAUCCCGUUGGUAUUUUUCUAGGAAGGAAUUAGAAGAAUAUUCACCUUCUAAACAAGAUGGGAUUGACUUGAAAAAGGAGACAUAUUUACGCAAAUCAUACUGUACAUUCCUCCAAGAUUUGGGAAUGAGACUUAAAGUACCCCAGGUAACCAUUGCUACAGCAAUAAUUUUUUGCCAUAGGUUCUUCCUUCGACAGUCUCAUGUGAAGAAUGACAGGAGGACAAUUGCGACAGUGUGCAUGUUUCUCGCAGGAAAGGUUGAAGAAACCCCUCGCCCAUUGAAGGAUGUUAUUCUGGUUUCAUACGAAAUCAUCAACAAAAAGGAUCCUACUGCUGCCCAGAAGAUCAAGCAAAAGGAGGUGUAUGAACGGCAAAAAGAGUUAAUUUUACUUGGCGAGAGAGUUGUUCUCGCAACUCUUGGUUUUGAUCUUAAUGUGCAUCAUCCCUACAAACCCCUUGUUGAGGCAAUUAAAAAAUUCAAAGUUGCUCAAAAUGCCUUGGCUCAAGUAGCUUGGAAUUUCGUCAAUGAUGGAUUGCGGACAUCUCUUUGCUUGCAAUUUAAGCCUCACCAUAUUGCUGCUGGUGCCAUUUUCCUUGCUGCCAAAUUUCUCAAAGUUAAACUCCCAUCAGAUGGGGAAAAGGUGUGGUGGCAAGAGUUUGAUGUCACCCCACGGCAAUUGGAGGAAGUCAGCAAUCAAAUGUUAGAACUUUAUGAACAAAAUCGAUUACCACCUUCUGGUGAAGCUGGUGGAAGCAUAGGAGGUGGUCCCACUAAUCAAACGGCUGCGAAAGCCUUGACUAACAGUGAAGAACGUGCCGUAACAGAAAAUCAUGUACUAGGUGCAGGUAUUGCUACUUGUUCAAGACUUGGAACCUCAAAAGCUGGUUCAUCUAGGCCAGCAUCUGAACACUCAUUUGCAGGUGAUCAGCCCUCGAAAGCAAUUCCGAAUCCAAGUGUUGAAAGUUCGAGUAUAGAUUUUAGAAGUCCUUCCAAUCACAAAACAGGCAGUGAAUCUAAGGUUAGGCAGGAGAUGGAUCCAUCGGCGGGUUUCCAUGACAAGGGAAAGUCUCAAAACUCAUUAAAGCAUCAGUCAGAGGGAUUGGUUGAGCAAGACCAUGCAAACGAUAUGAAAAUAAAUGAAAGAAGGGAUGGGAUGGAACUGAAAGACAAACAUGUAAGUCGAAAUACAGAUUUUAGAGAAGGGACCCUUGGCCUUGGCAAAUCCCAGGAGGUUAUCAAAAAGAUUGAUAAGGACAAAGUAAAGGCAGCACUUGAGAAACGAAGGAAGUCUCUUGGCAGCAUGACCCAGAAAAAAGAGUUGAUGGAUGAGGAUGAUCUUAUUGAGAGGGAGUUGGAAGCUGGUGUUGAGAUGGCUGCCGGGAGCGAGAAAAACAAACGGGAACAGAGACUGAGUUGGAAUAAGUCAUCGAAUAAACAAGAACACGAGGAUUUGUAUCAAGAGAAGCAGCGAGACAAUGAUGGAGAUGAACAUCUUCAACGAACACGGCAGUCAUACGAUCUGGAUUCUAGCAACAUAGAAGAAGGGGAGUUCUCAACUAUCAAUGAAGUUGGUUAUGGGUAUCACGAGUCCCCAAAGUCGAAUAGCCGUAAGAGAGGCAGGGAGCUCACAGGAUAAACCUUUGAAGGAAAAACAAAGGCGUGUCGUGUCCGUGUUGUGUCGGUGCAGCUGGCCAAACAAAGAGAGACCAGAAGAUUAUCGUUCUGGAAACUCAUGUUUGAGAAAUUCGGCUCGAGUUUUAUUCAGAAUGUUUUAGGUAUUAGUCAUUCCUGGAAUCACUCAUCAUCCAAAGAUUAAAUUGCUAUUCCCUUGAGAAAUUCAAAUUGAGGGCCGUGCUCUCCACGUAAGUCAACUUCUGCUAUGCUUUCCAUGUAUUUACAACUUAAAUACAGCAACGAUUUUGAAAGGGCCUCCUCUAUGUCUACAUAAGAAUGUGAUGAUUAAUGAUAGACUUUAGAGGUACAAAUUUUCAAAGAUUGUUGGAAUUUGACCAA